UUAAUAAACCGGUGGUUCCUCUUCCCGCCUAGGAGACAGACCACGCGGCCACGCCCUUCUCUGCGCUCUUCCAUGGCAUGGCCACCCACUGCAUCAAUCUCUCUAAAUUCUUCAAGAUCACAAGGUUCCUGCACCAAUCGAAACAACACCGCGUCAAAUCCUUCGCCUCCUCAGCUCCGACGAGUGAGGCUCGGCACCUGGAGGCCCUCACCGUGCUCCUGCACAGAACCUGUUCGCUGAAAUGCCUCAGAACGCUCCACGCGCGGCUCGCCGUCGCGGGCGCGAUCCGGGACACCUCCGUCGUCAUGGGCCUGGUCGAGAGGUAUCUUUCUUUAGGGAAGCCCGCGCCCGCGGCGUCAUUUUUCGCCGAAGCCUACCACGGCCGCCCCACGGUUUACUCGCUGAAUCUCGCGGUCCGCUGCUUCUCGGACCAUGAGUUCCACCGAGAGCUUCUUGAUCUUUACAGGGAGCUGUGUGCCUUUGGGUCCGACAACUUCACGUUUCCUCCGGUCAUCAAGGCUUGCACGGCCGUCUCUUGCCUUCGACUGGGGAGGGAGGUGCACUGCAGGGUUCUGCGGACUGGGCAUGGGGGCAAUGUUGGUGUGCAGACAGCGCUCCUUGAUAUGUAUGCUAAGGCUGGUCAGAUUGAUGUGUCAAGGAGAGUCUUUGAUGGUAUGGUGCAGAGGGACUUGAUUUCAUGGAACGCUAUGGUCUCAGGGUACUCUCUCAAUGGGUGCUUCAAGGAAGCUGUUGAGGCGUUACAGGAGAUGCAGCAGGGUGGCAUGAGAUUGAAUGCAAGCACACUUGUUGGAAUCAUUGGUAUGUGUGGUAGUGUCGAAGCAAAGGAUGCUGGUAGUUCGCUCCAUGCAUUGGCAAUGAAAUAUGGGGCGAUAGCUGAUGAGUCCCUUACAUCUGCAUUCAUCUCGAUGUAUUCUGCAUUUGAUGAUCUUUCCUCAUCUCGAUUGGUUUUUGAUCUGCAACCUGUGAAAGAUUUGGUAUCUUUCAAUUCCAUGAUAUCAGCGUACAUGCAGCAUAGCAACUGGAAGGAAGCUUUCAAGGUCUUUAGAUUGAUGCAUUGUGCAGGCCUAGGACCUAAUCCGGUCACAGUGGUGUCUGUCCUUCCAUCUUGCAAUGAUUUCUUUGGCAUAAACCAAGGCAAGUCUGUGCAUGGUAUGAUUAUCAAGUUUGGCCUUGCAGAGCAGGUUUCUGUUGCCAGUGCUCUUGUUUCCAUGUAUUCGAAGCUUGGGAAAUUGGAUUCGGCUGUGCUCCUUUUCUGUUGUUUUACCACGAAGAACAAUCUCAUGUGGAACUCUAUGAUUUCUGGAUACCUUGUGAACAAUGACUGGGACAUGGCUCUUGACUCGUUCUGCAAGAUGCAGAUCAAGGGUGUGGCUCCAGAUGCAACAGCUAUCAUUAAUGUCAUCUCUGGAUGUAGACACACAAAGGAUUUGUACAUGGCGAAGUCAAUACAUGCAUAUGCUGUUAGGAAUAGAUUUGAAUCAAACCAGAGCGUAAUGAACACUCUCCUAGCUACGUAUGCUGGCUGUGGAAAUAUAUCAACUUCCUAUACAUUAUUCCAGAAAAUGGAAGUACGGAUGUUAAUAUCUUGGAACACUAUGAUAUCUGGUUUUGCUGAAGUAGGGGAUUCAGAGGCUUCUCUAAUGUUAUUCUGCCAGAUGUGCCACGAGGAAGUGCAGUUUGAUCUAGUAACUCUUAUUGGUGUUAUUAGCAGCCUUUCAGCGUCCGAGAAUGCCACGGUUGGAGAAUCAGUUCAUUCUUUGGCAAUCAAAAGUGGAUGUAAUUCAGAUGUUUCUCUUACAAAUGCCCUCAUUACCAUGUACACCAACUGUGGUAUUGUUGGAGCGGGUCAGCAACUUUUUGACAGUUGUUGUUUUGCGAAUACAAUCACUUACAAUGCUCUGAUGAGUGGAUAUCGCAAAAACAACGUAUCUGAGAAGAUAUUGCCUUUGUUUUACCAAAUGGUCAAGAAUGAUGUGAAACCAAAUCUUGUAACCUUACUGAAUUUAUUGCCUGUUUGUCGGAGCCAGUUGCAAGGGAAGUCUAUACACAGCUACGCAGUACGAAAUUUCACCAGGUUUGAAACACCCCUCUCCACAUCAGCAAUGGGUAUGUAUAGUAGGUUCGACAAUGUAGAAUACUGCAGCAAAAUUUUCAGUUUGGUUGGUGAAAGAAACAUUAUAUCAUGGAAUGCCUUCUUAUCUGCAUGUGUCCAAUGCAAGCAGGCUGAUGUGGUAGUUGAUUUCUUCAAGCAUAUGCUCUUCAUUAAUGUCAAACCUGAUGCAGUAACCAUUCUGGCACUCAUCUCAGCAUGUUCACAGCUUGGAGAUGCAGAUUUCGCUGCAUGUGUUACGGCUGUCAUUUUCCAGAGGGGUUUUAAUGCAAAGGUUUUGGUUCUCAAUGCUCUUAUUGACAUGCAUUCAAGAUGCGGAAGCAUAUCGUUUGCAAGGGAGCUCUUUGAUAGCUCAGUGGAGAAAGAUUCAGUCACUUGGGGUGCAAUGAUCAAUGCAUACAGUAUGCAUGGAAAUGGUGAGGCUGCCCUUGAUCUUUUCUCGACGAUGAUAGAUUCAGGAGUGGAUCCAGAUGACAUAACUUUUGUUAGUGUCUUGUCGGCCUGCAGUCAUAGCGGCUUUGUAGAGCAAGGAAGAACAUUGUUCAAAUCACUACAGGCAGACUAUGGCAUUACACCACGAAUGGAGCAUUAUGCAUGCAUGGUGGAUCUAUUGGGCCGAACUGGCCACUUGGAUGAAGCAUAUGAUAUUGUUAGAUCAAUGCCAUCCAGGCCAUCAGAUAAUUUGCUUGAAUCGUUGCUUGGAGCAUGCAGAUUCCAUGGUAAUUCUAAAAUUGGCGAAUCUGUAGGGAAAUUGCUCAUUGAAUCUGAGCAUGGCAAGUCAAGAUCUUAUGUCAUGCUCUCAAAUAUCUAUGCUUCAGCUGGCAAAUGGAGUGACUGUGAGGAGCUGAGGUCAGACAUGGAAGCAAAAGGACUGCGAAAAGAUGUGGGGGUUAGCUUAAUUGGGAUGACAUAAUAGCCCUGAUGAAACAAAGGAAGUCACCAGAACAUUUAUUUUUGUUUGUGCACAAGAGAAUAUUCCAUCAUUCUUCCACAGCUUA